AGUUGGCGUUCAAAUUCAUGUUUGGAAACUGCGUAAAGUUUACUUUCAUUAUCCCGAAAUUUCCCUAACAAUAUUAUUGGACAAAUUCCAUUUUUUGUAACCUACAUAUACAUAGGAACCGCGAACAUGGGAAGCGCUUCCAGCUCGAACGCCUUCGAACGAAACGACGCCGACGACGUUUACAGGGACCCGUAUUGGAUCAGCGACGCGCGGAGUCCUUCGGGCGCAGCACCGGAAUCGAAUCGAAGCCAAAAUCGAAAUUCGCCCGAACCUCACGCGAAAUUAGAUUCAAACGAAACCGUUUCGGCGAGACUUAGCGAAGAGAACAACGCGAAAUUGGACGAGUUCAGGGCGGAGUUGGAACGUAAACGCGAACAGAGGAAAGCGAUUAUCGAGGAAAAGCGGAAGGAGAUGGAGGAGUUGAAAGCGGAAAUUGAUAGAUUGAAGCGGGAGAACGACGAACUGAAGUCGCCGAAUAUAAAUCCCAGCGGGGAGAUGGACCGUUUGCUUAAAGAGAACGAGGAACUGAAGAACCUGUUGAAGGAAAAAUGCUCGAUAGUGGAGGAGAGUGAGUUUUUAGCGAACAAUAAUCGCGAAUUGAAAGGGAGUAUCACCGAAAUGCAGGAUGCCCUGCGACGAUUGAACGUGGAAGUUUCCAAUUUCGAUAAAGAAAGGGAGAAUUACAAGAAGCACGUCGUCGCUUUGAAAGACGUUAUUGCAGUGUCGAAAAAUAUGCUCCAAAUAAGAGAAUCGCAACUAAAAGAGUUAAAGAAGAAAGUAGAAAUUAUCGAGCAGACGUUAGCUGACAAAGAAAUGAACGUCAUGUCGGACGGUUUGCGACAGGAAUACGAACGACAAAUCGCCAACAUGAAACGACUCAAAGAUUUAUACGAAGAAAGAAGAAGAGCCGAAAGAAGGGAAAAAGACGAAAUUUCCUCGCAACUACAAGACGCUAAAAAAGAUUUAGAACUCCAAAACAAAAAAAUUAGUGAACUAGAAGCAAGAAUUUCCGAAUUAGAACUCGACAAUUCCAACAAAUACGACUCGAUCAAAUCUCUCGAAUUAAACCUAGGCCUUAGUAAGGCGGAAAAUCGACAGUACCAAGAGGAAUUAUCGGUAAUUAAUCAACUAUUUUCCGAAACGUUACUAAAAUACAACACCAGCCAAGAACUAGACUUGGACAAACUACAAAAACAACUAGAAGACCACCAUGGACUCCUCAAAGAUAUCGUAAUCAACGAAGUAUCCUCAGAAGUUUCUUAUGCUCUACCGAAAGUACUACUGGAAUUAAUUAACCAGCUAAACGAUGUAAAAGAUACCAAUAUUAACGAACAAACUGAAUCAACCAACGAUCCACAAGCAUCUUCGACCACAACAACUCGCCAUGAAAUGAAUAGCGCCGAGGAAAUCGUACAGAAUCUUCCAAAAGUGUGGCGUGUUCUAAUAGAGCUUCUCAGUCACCAAAUACUACCAAACAAUAUACUAACCUACGACGAGGAAACUAAUGAAAAUCCUUGUUACAAGGAAAUCGAAACGGCGAAAGGAACUAGCCUGGUAUUGAGCGUUAGCCAAACGUUUAUCAGAUUAAAAGACCUCAUUGUCGAAAAAAAAUCGCUCGAAAAGGAAACAGCGCACCUCAAGCACCUGAACGGCCAUUUGGAAAACCGUCUGCAAGACCAAGAGAAACGAUUGGAGUUAGUUCAAAACGAACUCUCCAAAACCUGGCUAGUGGUGGGAAAACUCCAAAAGCAACACCACCUGCUCCACACCCAAGAGAAAAUCCUACGGUACGAGCUGGCCCAGAAGCGCAAGCUCCUCAACGAGCUCAAAGCAGAGCUGGAAUACAGCAGGGAGAAGUGGACGCAGGCCCGAGAAAAGAACACCACCACCGAGGAGCAAUGGAAGCAAUUACGAAAGGAAUUCGCCAGCAGGAAAAACACUACGACGUUCGAUGAAUUCAACAACAGCGCCGAAAGCGGUUACAGCGACGACAGAGAAGGUUCCAGUGACGAUGAACCAGGUUAUGAAACGGACGUUUCGGAAUGCGAUAAGAAGAUUCCUGUUGCUUCAGCGAGCAAUGAAAAUGCUGGUGCUAUUGUGGAAGAUGUUGAACUAUCUUCCACCGAAGAUCAACCAGCUGUUUCUAGUACUAGUUUAAUUCCUGACGAAGCUAAUUCGUCUGAAUUGAGUGUGAAUGUGUCAACAAGAAAAGAUGAAGAAUCUAAGGACUCGGUAGUGUUAGAAUGUGGUAGCAAGAAUCCAGUAGCUUCAGAAAGCGAUACUGUGGAAGGUAUUCAAGAAGAAAACGUACCAGAAUGUUCUUCUAAGAACCAGCCUGGCACGUCUAGUUCUAGUAAAGUUUCAGCUGAACCUAAUAGUUCUAGAGUGGAAUCAAGUUUGAGUUUUGAUGAAAUGAUAGCAAGAAAGGAAGAACGUUUAAGGAGAUUGGAAGGUCAAACUACGGAUUUGGUGGCUCAGGCUGCUAAUACAGCUAGCCGCAGUGUAGAAAUUUCGAAUAAAUUAGAUACUCUGCACGAAAUAUACGGAGAAAGUAAUGAACCUUCUGAUAAUACAGCAGGCGAUUCAACUUCGGAAGAAUAAAAGUAAGUCUGAAUAAUAUGGUUUUUAUUGUUCCAAAUGUUCUACAAAAAAUAUAUACGUUUUUUAUUAUUUAUUGAAAUUAUUAACAUUUAGAUUCAUUAGUCUUAACGAGUUUUAUAAUUUAAUGGUAUUAGAAUGAUACUGUUCGACGUUUUAUUAACUUUCGAACAAAUAUUUUUUUAGAAUAGCUUUAAAUAAUUUUGUACACGUAAAUAAACACUAUUUAAUAAACAAUACGUACAGUAUUAAAUUAUUUGGAAUGCGAAAUGAGCCAUUUUAUGGGCGAUCAUUCGAUUAUAAUGUAGUAGAAGAGGAAGACGAUGAAUAAUAAUAAAUGAUGUAGC